GGGUUGUGCACCGGCUGAGGCAGACUGUGGAAGCUACCAGCAGUAUGAAUAAGAAACAGUCCGAUUUGUUAGAGAGGGACCUCAGUGGUGCCAUUCGGGAUGCUAAGACGUUAGAGUCGGCUGCCGUCAGUAUGGACGGGGUUCUUGCCAAAGCCCAAUACCACCUGAGGAGCGGGGGCUCUGAGCACAGAACUGCCUGCAGAGCCAUGGCUGACCAGCUCUGUUUGGAAUUAGAGAGGGUUCAGAACCUUCUGGGGACCAAGCAGAGUGAAGCAGAUGCACUGGCGGUGCUGAAAAAGGCCUUCUUGGACCAGAAGGAGGAGCUGCUGAAAAGCAUCGAGGACAUUGAAGAAAGGACUGACAGAGAGCGACUGAAAGAGCCGACGAGGCAAGCUCUUCAACAGAGGUUGAGAGUCUUUAAUCAGCUUGAGGAUGAACUGAAUUCACACGAGCACGCAUUAAGUUGGCUGAAAGACAAAGCAAAACAGAUCGCCCAGAAAGAUCUAGCUUUUGCCCCUGAAGUGGACAAGGAGGUCAACCGAUUAGAAGCCACCUGGGAUGACACCAAAAAAUUAAUUCACGAAAACCAGGGCCAGUGCUGCGGACUCAUUGACGUAAUGAGAGAAUAUCAGAACUUGAAGGCCGCUGUUUCCAAAGUCCUAGAAAGUGCCAGCAGUGUGCUCGGAGCCAGAACCACACUCAGAGACCAAGAGGACCUAACACGGGCUUUGUCUAAGCAUGAAGCGGCCAGGAACAGAAUGAACGAGCAGCAGAAAGCGCUGGAUCACUUUUCCAGCAAAGGAAAGCACUUGCUGUCGGAGCUGAAGAAAAUCCACAGCGGUGACUUCACCCUGGUGAAAACCGACCUGGAGGGCGUGGUGGACAAGUGGCUGGAUGUCUCAGAGAAGAUUGAGGAAAACAUGGAGAGACUGAGGGCGAGCUUGUCCAUCUGGGACGACGUGCUUUCAGGUAAAGAGGAGAUCGAUGGAUGGUCCAACACGUCUGUCCCACGUCUGUCUGAAAGCAUCAACCACCUGACUAACAGCCAUAAAACCGGAGAACUACUUAAGGAAUUUGAGUCUGAAGUUAGAAGCAAAGCCCUGAGGCUGGAAGAACUUCGUUCCAAAGUCGAUGAUCUCAAAGAAUUAACUCAGAAUCCAGAAACACCCCCAGACCUCCAGUUUAUCGAAGCUGACUUGAGGCAGAAACUGGAGCAUGCCAAAGAAAUAACAGAAGUCGCGAAAGGAACCCUGAAAGACUUCACUGCUCAGACCACACAAGUGGAGAGAUUCAUUCGGGAGAUAACAGCCUGGCUGGCCAAGCUGGAAGAAUCCUUGCAGAGUUGUGUGCAAGCUGACACUUGCGAGGGGCUGAAAAAAGUGAAGGAUAUACAGAAAGAACUUCAAAGUCAGCAAAGCAACAUCAGCUCCACCCAAGAGAAUCUCAACAGCUUAUGCCGCAAGUACCACUCCGGGGAGCUGCAGAGCCUGGGCGGCAUCAUGACCGCGCUGAUCAAGAAACAUGAAGCGGUGAGCCAGUUGUGCUCCAAGACACAGACCAGCCUUCAGGAGUCCCUGGAAAAACACUUCAACGAGUCCAUGCAGGAAUUCCAAGAUUGGUUUUCAAGAGUCAAGGCAGCAGCCAAAGAAUCAUCAGAUAGAACGGGUGACAGAAAAGUGCUGGAGGCCCAGCUCCAUGAUCUUCAGAACAUUCUGGACUCAGUAAGUGAUGGACAGAGCAAACUUGAUGCUGUGACGCAGGAAGGACAAACUUUGUAUGCAUAUUUGUCCAAACAAAUUGUCAGUAGCAUUCAGGAACACGUGACCACAGCGAAUGAAGAGUUUCAUGCCUUUCUGAAGCAAUGCCUCAAAAGCAAACAGGCUCUUCACGACUGUGUUUCAGAGCUUGGGAGCUUUGAGGAUCAACACAGAAAACUGAACUUAUGGAUCCAUGAAAUGGAAGAGAGGUUACAGACAGAAAACUUAGGGGAGAGUAAGCAGCACGUUUCUGAGAAGAAAAACGAAGUCCACAAAGCUGAAAUGUUUUUGGGAGAACUGCUGGCUGCAAGAGAGUCCCUGGACAAGCUGUCGCAGCGGGGGCAGCUUCUCAGUGAGGAAGGCCAUGGGGCAGGGCAGGAAGGGCGUCUGUGCACCCAGCUCCUCGCCAGCUACCAGAAUUUGCUCAGAACGACCAAAGAGAAGCUCCGGAGCUGCCAGGUGGCCCUGCAGGAGCAUGAGGCCCUGGAAGAAGCGCUGCAGGGCAUGUGGUCCUGGGGGAAGGACAUCCAGGACAGACUGGCCGGUGCCGAGAGCACUGUGGGCAGCAAGGACACGCUGGACAAGCGGCUGAUACAAAUACAGGAAAUUCUCCUGAUGAAAGGUGAGGGGGAAGUUAAGUUGAAUAUGGCCAUUGGCAAAGGGGAGCAGGCAUUGAGGAGCAGCAACCGAGAAGGGCAGAAGGCAAUUCAGACGCAGCUCCAGGCCCUGAAAGAUGUGUGGGCUGACAUCAUGAGCUCCUCCAUCCGCGCUCAGAGCACUUUAGAGUCUGUGAUCAGCCAGUGGAAUGACUACCUCGAGAAGAAAAACCAGCUGGAGCAGUGGAUGGAGUCAGUGGACCAACAGGUUGAGCAUCCCUUGCAGCUGCAGCCAGGUCUGAAGGAGAAGUUCGCCCUGCUGGACCACUUUCAGUGCAUCGUGUCAGAGGCUGAGGGCCGUGCUGGAGCCCUCCGCCACCUCAGUGCAAGAUCCAGGGACCUCUACCAGCAGACUGAGGACGCUUCCUUCCAGGACACCGCUCAGCAGGAACUGAACACCCAGUUUCAGGACAUCGUGACUGUUGCUAAGGAAAAAAUGAGGAAAGUGGAAGAGAUUGUGAAAGACCAUCUCAUGUACUUGGAUGCUGUCCAGGAGUUUACAGACUGGCUCCACUCGGCCAAGGAAGAACUUCACCGGUGGUCGGAUCUGUCUGGAGACUCGCCCGCCACUCAGAAGAAGCUGUCUAAAAUUAAGGAGUUGAUAGAUUCCAGAGAGAUUGGUGCUAGCCGCCUGAGCAGAGUGGAGUCGCUGGCUCCCGCUGUGAAAGAGGACACAAGUGCCAGGGGGUGUGAGCUCAUGGAUGCGGAGAUGCAGGCCCUGCGGGCCGACUGGAAGCAGUGGGAAGACAGCGUCUUGCGGACGAGGAGCAGCCUGGAGGACUUGGCCAGCCAGAUGGCCCUGUCGGAGCAGGAGUUCUCAGGCCAAGUGGCCCAGCUUGGGGAGGCCCUGGAGCAAUUCAGUGGGCUUCUGCAGGGCUGGGCUGAGCAACUUGCCCUUCUGGAAGAGAAGAACACGGACAGCGAGCUGGUGGCAGGCUGGCACAGAGGACACGAGAUCCUGGAUGCUCUAGAAAAAGCAGAGCCCAAGACUGAAGACCUCAAGUCUCAGCUGAAUGAUCUUUGCCACUUUUCCAGAGACCUCAGCCCAUACAGUGGGAAAGUUUCGGGCCUGAUUAAAGAAUAUAACUGUCUUUGUUUGAAAGCAUCCAAAGGCUGCCAGAAUAAAGAACAGAUUUUACAGCAAAGAUUUCAAAAGGCCUUCAGGGAUUUCCAGCAAUGGUUGGUAAACGCCAAACUCACCACUGCCAAAUGUUUUGAUAUACCUCAAAAUAUUAGCGAAGUUUUGACAAGUCUUCAGCAGAUACAGGAGUUUCUGUCAGACAGUGAAAAUGGACAGCACAAACUCAACACGAUGCUAUCUAAAGGCGAACUUUUGAGCACUAUGUUGACCAAAGAGAAAGCUAAAGAUAUCCAGGCCAAACUCGAGGCAGCGAAAGAAGACUGGAAACACUUUCACUCAAAUCUUCACCAAAAGGAAUCUGCUCUGGAGAACCUGAAGCUCCAGAUGAAGGACUUUGAAGUGAGCGCCGAGCCCGUGCAGGACUGGCUGAGUGAAAAGGAGAAGGUUGUUCGGGAGAGCAGUCACAGGCUCUAUGACCUCCCUGCCAAGAGGAGAGAGCAGCAGAAGCUGCAGUCUGUCCUUGAGGAAAUAAACUGCUACGAACCUCAGCUCCACAGGCUCAAAGAGAAAGCUCGGCAGCUGUGGGAAGGACAAGCUGCCAGCAAGAGCUUUCUGCACAGAGUGUCGCAGCUGUCCUCUCAGUAUCUAGCGCUAAGCAAUGUCACCAAGGAGAAAGUAUCGAGACUGGAUAGGAUUGUUGCAGAACACAAUCAGUUUUCCCUCGGGGUUAAGGAGCUCCAAGACUGGAUGGGGGACGCCAUCCACAUGCUGGACUCUUACUGCGACCCCACCUCGGAUCGCAGCGUGCUGGACAGCAGGAUGCUGAAGGUGGAGGCUCUGUUAUCAGUGAAGCAGGAAAAGGAGAUCCAGAUGAAGAUGUUAGUGACCAGAGGGGAGUGCGCCCUUCAGAACACCUCUCCAGAGGGCAGCCCUGCCAUCCAGCAGCAACUGCAGAGCGUGAAGGAGAUGUGGGCUUCUCUGCUGUCGUCCGGGAUUCGCUGUAAAAGUCAACUCGAAGGAGCCCUUUCUAAGUGGACAAACUACCAGGAUGACGUCCGACAGUUUUCCAGUUGGAUGGAUGGUGUGGAAGCCAGCAUCAGUGGGUCUGAGCGGCAGUGUGCGGAGCUGGGGGAGAAAACAGCUGCUCUGGGAAAAGCCAAGUUGUUAAAUGAAGAAGUGCUGAGUCACAGCAGCUUGCUGGAGACCAUUGAAGUCAAAAGGGCUGGCAUGACAGAGCAUUACGUCACCCAGCUGGAACUGCAGGACCUGCAGGAGCGGUACCGAGCGGUCCAAGAGAGGGCUAAGGAAGCAGUCGCCAAGUCUGAAAAACGAGUUCGCCGGCAUCAAGAGUAUCAGCGAGAACUCCAUGCAUUUGAAGUGUGGCUGGGGCAGGAACAAGACAAACUUGCCCGAUACUCAGUUCUUGAAGGCGAUGCCCAGUCUCACGAGGCAACACUGCGUGAUCUUCAGGAGCUGCAGGUGCGCUGCGCUGAGGGCCAGGCGCUGCUGAAUGCCGGGCUGCACACCAGGGAGGAAGUGAUCCCCUUCGGCAUCCCCCAAACUGAGGACCGGGCCCUGGAGUCCCUCCGCCAGGACUGGCAGGCUUACCAGCAGAGGCUCUCGGAGACCCGCACUCACUUCAACAACGCUGUGAACAAACUGAGACUCAUGGAGCAGAAGUUGCAGCAAGUCGAUGACUGGCUGAAAGCCACGGAGAAGGAAGUGAGUGUGAGGCCCAGAGGUCAGUCUUCCCGAGCCACCAAGGAGCUCCAGUUACACCAGAUGAAGAAGUGGCAUGAGGAAAUCGCAGCACACAGGGACGAGGUGGAGGAGGUGGGGGCUGGAGCUCAGGAGAUCCUGGAUGAGAGCCAUGUGAGCAGCCGGCUGGGCUGCCAGGCCACCCAGCUGACUUCCAGAUACCAGGCUCUGCUGCUUCAUGUGCUGAACCAAAUCAAAUUCCUGGAGGAAGUGAUUCAGAGCCUAGAAGAAUCCGAGUCAUCCCUGAGUUGCUAUGCGGACUGGUACAGCGCUACCCAGAAAAACUUCAAGAAUGCAGCUACGAAAAUCGAUAAAGUAGACAAAGCCUUGAUGGGGAAGAAAAUGAAGAUGCUGGAGGUUUUGCUGAAGGACAUGGAGAAAGGCCAGAGUCUGCUGAAAUCAGCCCGGGAGAAGGCAGAGAGGGCUCUUCCAUUCUUGGGGGACGGGGAGGCGGAAACCCUGAGGACAGAGACCCAUGGUCAUGUGGAGCAGUUGAAGGAACUGACCAGCACCGUCCGGAAAGAGCGCAUGGCCCUGGAGAAAGGCAUGCAUUUAGCCAAGGAAUUCUCGGAUAAAUACAAAGCACAGACUCAGUGGGCAGCAGAAUACCAGGAAAUCCUGCACACCCCGGAGGUGCCCAAGAUGGAAUUAUACGAGAAAAAAGCUCAGUUAUCCAAAUACAAGUCCCUCCAACAAAUGGUGCUGUCGCAUGAGCCCUCAGUGAAAUCAGUGAGUGAGAAAGGAGAAGCUCUUUUGGAAUUGGUGCAGGAUGUGACGUUAAAAAACAAGCUUGAGAAGCUCCGAGCUGAUUACCAGGCCCUCUGCCAUGCAGUCAAGGAGCACGUCUUCCGCCUUGAGGCGAAAGUCAGAGACCAUGAGGAUUAUAACAGUGAGCUCCAGGAAGUGGAGAAGUGGCUGCUACAGAUGUCAGGCCGACUGGUGGCACCGGACCUCAUGGAGACAGGCAGCUUGGAGACCGUCACCCAGCAGCUGGCCCAUCACAAGGCCAUGAUGGAAGAAAUCGCUGGCUUCGAAGACCGUUUGAACAACCUUAAAGGGAAAGGUGAUAAUCUCAUCAGUCAGUGUGCUGACCACCUUCAGGCCAAGAUGAAACAAACUGUGCACGCCCAUCUGCAGGGCACCAAGGACAGCUAUUCAGCCAUCUGCAGCACAGCCCAGAGGGUGUACCAGAGUUUGGAGCACGAGCUGAAGAGGCAUGUUAGCCGACAGGACACCCUGCAGCAGUGCCAGGCCUGGCUGUCUGCAGUCCAGCCGGACUUGAAGCCCAGCACUCAGCCACCGCUCAGCCGGGCAGAAGCUGCUAAGCAGGUCAAGCACUUCCGGGCUUUGCAAGAGCAAGCACGCACCUACUUAGAUCUCCUUUGCUCCAUGUGCGACUUAUCAGACUCUGAUGUGAAAAGCACAGCGAAAGACAUCCAGCAAACGGAGCAACUGGUUGAACAGAGGCUAGCCCAGGCCCAAACCUUAACACAGGGCUGGGAAGAGAUCAAGCACAUGAAGGCAGACCUGUGGAUCUAUCUCCAGGAUGCUGACCAGCAGCUGCAGAAUAUGAAGAGGAGACAUGCAGAGCUGGAACUCCACAUUGCACAAAACAUGGUUUCCCAAGUAAAGGAUUUUGUUCAUAAAGUACAAUCCAAACAGGCCUCGGUGACCGCUAUCAUAGAGAAGGUGGAGACGUUCACCGAAAAGCAGGUGUCUCCUGAACACAAGGAGAUAGGCCACCUCAGUGACCAGUGGUCAGACCUGUGUCUCCAGGCCCGCCAUCUGUGCUCACACAGAGAAGAGGAUCUCCAGAGAACGCGAGACUACCAUGACUCCCUGAAGGCCGUGGAAGUGCUCUUAGAGAAAUUCACUACGGACUGGGAUAAUUUAGCCAGGUCCGACGCAGAGAGCACUACUGUCCACCUGGAGGCUUUGAAGCAGUUAGCACUGGCGUUGCAGGAGAGAAAGCAUGUUCUCGGGGCACUCAAGGACCAGAAGCAGAAAUUGAUCGAGCACCUGAACCUGGAUGACAGGGAAUUAGUCAAAGAGCAGACAAGUCACUUUGAGCAGCGCUGGUUCCAGCUGGAGGAUCUUGUCCAGAGGAAAAUCCAAGUGUCCGUCACCAAUCUGGAGGAGUUACACAUUGUGCAGGCCAAGUUUAAGGAGCUGAUGGAGUGGGCCGAGGAGCAGCAGCCCAGCAUCGCUGAGGCCCUGGCGCAGAGCCCCCCGCUAGACGGGGCGCAGAAGUUCCUCACAGACCACCUGGCAAUCUGCAGUGAGCUAGAGGCCAAGCAGAUGCUCCUGAAAUCGCUCAUGAAGGACGCUGACAGGGUAAUGGUGGACCUCGGCCUGAAUGAACGGCAGCUGAUCCAGCAAGUGCUCGCUGACGCCCAGAGGCAUGUAGGCUGCCUCGGUGACCUCGUGGGCCAGAGGCGAAAGUACUUGAACAAGGCCUUGUCUGAGAAGACCCGGUUUCUCCUGGCCCUGUCGCAGGCGACCAGCCAGAUUCAGCAGCAUGAGCGGAAGAUCACAUUCCGCAAGCACAUUUGCCUUUUACCAGACGAUGUGAGCAAGCAAGUGAAAACAUGUAAGAGUGCACAGGCCAGUCUCAAGACGUACCAGAGUGAAGUCACCGGGCUCUGGGCCCAAGGCCGAGACUUGAUGAAAGGGGGCAGCGAGCAGGAGAAGAGCGAAGUGCUAGAGAAACUCCAGGACCUGCAGAGCAUCUAUGACUCCGUUUUACAAAAGUGCAGCCACCGACUGCAAGAGCUGGAGAAAAACUUAGUGUCCCGGAAGCAUUUCAAGGAAGAUUUUGACAAAGCCUGUCACUGGCUGAAGCAAGCAGAUAUUGUCACAUUCCCUGAAAUCAACCUCAUGAAUGAGAGCCCCGAGCUACAUGCGCAACUGGCCAAAUACCAGCACGUUCUCGAACAAUCUGCAGAGCACGAGAAUCUCAUCCUCACGCUACAGAGAACUGGGCAGGCCAUACUACCAUCACUGAAUGAAGUCGACCAUUCCUACCUGGCUGAAAAGCUAAAUUCUCUGCCCCAGCAAUUUAAUGUGAUCAUGGCCUUGGCCAAAGACAAGUUCUAUAAGGUCCAAGAAGCCAUCCUCGCUCGAAAAGAAUUUGCUUCUUUGCUGGAAUUGACAGUCCAGGCUCUGGGUGACCUUGAAGACCAGUUUAACCAGAUGAGCAAAGUGCCCACGGACCUGGUGGUUGAAGAGGCCCUGUCUCUGCAGAACGGCUACAGAACGCUUCUGGGGCAGGUGCUGAGCCUGGGGGAAGCGGUCGAUGAGCUGAACCAGAAGAAGGAAAGUUUCCAGAGCACAGGCCAGCCUUGGCAGCCGAACGAGAUGCUGCGCCUUCUCACCUUGUAUCACAGGCUGAAGCGGCAAGCGGAACAGCGGGUUAGCUUGUUAGAGGACAUCACGAGUGCCUACCAAGAGCAUGAGAAGUUGUGCCAACAGCUGGAGACACAACUGGAGGCUGUGAAAGGGGAGCAGUCCAAAGUGAACGAGGAGACCCUUCCAACAGAAGAGAAGCUCAAGGUGUACCACUCCCUGGCGGGCAGUCUUCAGGAUUCAGGGAUUCUCCUGAAACGAGUCGCUGUCCAUCUUGAAGACCUCUCUCCACACCUGGGUCCCCUGGCUUAUGAGAAGGCCAAAGGUAAGCUCCAGGCCUGGCAAGAGGAGCUGGAAGGGUUGACUGCCACCAUCAGCGAGACGGUUUCAGAGUGUGAGAGCCGCCUGGUGCAGAGCAUAGACUUCCAGACGGAGAUGAGCCGCUCCCUGGACUGGCUGAGAAGGGUGCAGGCGGAGCUGAGUGGGCCCGUGUGCCUGGACCUCAACCUACAGGACAUCCAGGAGGAGAUCCGAAAGGUCCAGAUCCAUCAGGAGGAGGUCCAGUCCAGCCUGAGGAUCAUGAAUGCCCUGAGUCACAAGGAGAAGGAGAAAUGCAUGAAAGCGAAGGAGCUGGUGUCGGCCGAGGUGGAGCACACCCUCGCCGAGCUCUCAGAGCUCGAUGGCCGAGUUCAGGAGGCUUUACGCACCAGGCAGGCCACCUUAACUGAGAUUUAUAGUCAGUGCCAAGAGUAUUAUCGAGUCUUUCAGGCAGCUAACGACUGGCUUCAAGAUGCCCGAGAAAUGUUACAGCAGGCAGGCAACGGCCUGGAUGCAGCGAGCUCAGAGGAAAGCCUGAAGCGCCACGUGGAGUUUUUCAGUACAGAGGGCCACUUCCACAGCAACCUGGAGGCUCUUCAGGGCCUGGUGUCCAAGCUCAGCCCUCUCAUCAAGCCCACUGGGCAGGAGGACCUGGCACAGGAGAUGGCGUGCUUAGAGGAGAGGAGCCGGGGCACGAUCCAGGACUCUCAUGUGCAACGAGAUCUCCUGCAGAGGUAUGCAGGUCAGUGGCAAGAUUAUCAGGAAGCACGAGAAGAGGUCAUUGAGUCAAUGAACGAGGCAGAAAAGAAAUUGUCUGAGUUUUCAUUACUGAAGGCCUCUUCCAGCCAUGAAGCAGAAGAAAAACUGUCAGAACACAAGAGUUUAGUGUCAGUAGUUGACGCGCUCCAUGACAAGGCUGUGGCCCUGGAGGAGAAAGCUUCCCAGUUGGAGAAAAUGGGAAACGACACGAGCAAAGCCACCAUCCACAGGUCGACAACCACUGUCUGGCAGCGCUGGACGCGUCUGCGGGCUGUGGUGCAGGACCAGCAGAAGAUCUUAGAAGAUGCAGUGGGCGAGUGGAAAAGCUUUAAUAAUAAGGUCCAAAAGGCCACUGAAAUGAUUGAUCAGCUGCAGGAUAGGUUACCAAGAAGCUCAGCAGAGAAAGCCACCAAAGCAGAACUCAUGAUCCUCCUGGAAGACCAUGACACCGUGGUUCUGGAGCUGGAGCAGCAGCAGGAGGCCCUCGGAGUGCUGCAGCAGCAAGCACUGAGCAUGGUCCACGAUAGGGCCAGCCCAGCAGCCCUGGGAGAAGAACCACCCGUCAUGCAGGACAUUGCAGCCAUGCAAGAUCGCUGCCUAAGCAUGCAGGAGAAAGUGAGGAGCAACAGAAAGCUGCUGAAACAGGAGCUGAAGGAGCGAGAAGAGGUGGAGACCCGGAUCAACUCUGUGAAGACUUGGGUUCGGGAAACGAAAGACUACUUGGGAAACCCCACAAUGGAGACAGAUGCUCACCUCAAAGAACUCCAGAUUCUCUUAACGGAAGUCACCAAUCACCGGCAGAGCGUUGAGAAAAUGGCUGAAGACCAGAAGAAGAAGUACCUGGGGCUUUCUGCUCUGUUACCUUCUGAACUGUCCCUCCAGCUAGCUGAGGUCGCCUUAGACUUGGGGACAAUUCACGAUCAGAUCCAGGACAAAGUGAAAGAAGUUGAGCAAAGCAAGGCCAUGAGCCAGGAAUUCAGCCGAAACAUCCAGAAGCUAGCCAGAGUUCUCACAACCACCCUGACGAAGUUGAAUGCCAAGACAGCUGAUUUAGUUCAAGCGAAAGCUGAGCAAAAGGUGCUGGGGGAAGAACUCGAUGGCUGUCACGUGGAGUUAAUGGCGCUGGAUGCAGCCGUCCAGAAGUUCUCUGAAGAGAAUGGCCAACUGGGCAAGCCUCUGGUCAAGAAGCUUGGGAAACUGAGCGAGCUCCACCAGCAGAGCAUCCGGCAGGCUGAGCACCGGCUCUCCAGGCUCAAUCAGGCAGCAUCUCAUUUAGAAGAAUACAACGAACUGCCUGGACCCAUUCUGAAGUGGAUUGAGAAAGCUAAAGAACUGGUACAUGGAAAUAUUGCCUGGAAUUCUGCAAGCCAGCUUCGGGAACAAUACAUUUCACAUCAGACCCUGCUAGAAGAAUCUGAAGAAAUUCACAGCGAUCUGGAGGCAAUGGCAGAGAAGCUGCAGCACCUUACUAGUGUGUACUAUACGGAAAAAAUGUCCCAGCAAGUGGCAGGUUUGGGACGGGAGACGGAGGAGUUGCAACAGAUGAUCAAAAUCCGUUUGCAGAAUCUCCAAGAUGCUGCCAAGGAUAUGAAAAGAUUUGAAGGGGAGCUGAAAACCUUGCAGGCUGCUGUGGAGCAAGCCCAGACAACCCUGGCUUCCCCGGAAGUUGGGCGCCUCAGUCUCAAGGAGCAGCUCGCUCAUCGACAGCGUUUGCUGUUGGAGAUGGAGUCACUGAAACCGAAGGUCCACGCUGUGCAGAUGUGCCAGAGCGCGCUGAGGAUUCCCGAGGACGCGGUCACCAGCCUGCCACUCUGCCACGCGGCUCUGCGCCUGCAGAACGAGGCCAGCCGGCUGCAGCACACGGCCAUCCAGCAAUGCACCAUCAUGCAGGAGGCUGUGGUGCAGUAUGAACAAUAUGAGCAAGAAAUGAAACAUCUUCAGCAACUCAUUGAAGGCGCUCACCGGGAGAUCGGGGACACUCCCAUAGCCACCAGCAACAUCCAGGAGCUGCAAGCCCAGAUUUCCCGGCAUGAGGAGCUGGCUCAGAAAAUCAAGGGCUACCAAGAACAGAUCGCCUCCCUGAAUUCCAAGUGCAAGAUGCUGACGAUGAAAGCCAAGCACGCCACGAUGCUGCUGACGGUGACCGAGGUGGAAGGGCUGGCCGAAGGGACAGAGGACCUUGAUGGGGAGCUCCUCCCCACACCUUCCUCCCACCCCUCAGUCGUCAUGAUGACUGCAGGUCGCUGUCACACUUUGCUGUCACCUGUGACUGAGGAGUCUGGGGAGGAGGGAACCAACAGUGAGAUGUCCUCUCCACCUGCCUGUCGCUCCCCUUCACCUGUGGCUAAUAUAGAUGCUUCUGUUAACCAGGACAGUACUUAUCACCACGCUUGGUCUGCUGAGAGGUUGCAGACCGAGGCACUGAGGAUUCACCCCGGCACCCCUUCCCCCCAGGACUUCUACGAGCCAGGCCUGGAGUCGUCCGCCACCGCUAAGCUGGAUGACUUGCAGCGUUCCUGGGAAACCUUAAAAAAUGUGAUCAGCGAGAAGCAGCGCACCCUCUACGAAGCCUUGGAACGGCAGCAGAGGUACCAGGACUCCCUGCAGUCCAUCUCCACCAGCAUGGAGGCCAUGGAGAUGAAGCUCAACGAGAGUAUGGAGGCGGGCAAGAGUCCCGAGAGCCAGAUGGCUGAGCACCAGGCCCUGAUGGACGAGAUUCUCAUGCUCCAAGAAGAAAUCAGUGAGCUGCAGUCUUCUCUCUCAGAGGAGCUGGUGGCCGAGUCCCCUGAGUCGGACCCAGUGGAGCAGCUGGCCCUGCAGACCACACUCACGGUCUUGGCCGAGCGAAUGUCCACCGUCAGGAUGAAGGCAUCUGGGAAACGCCAGCUCUUGGAGGAAAAGCUCAGCGAUCACCUGGAGGGACAGAGGCAGGAGCAGGCCCUGCAGAGGUACCGCUGCGAAGCCGAUGAGCUGACCCACUGGCUCCUGAGCACGAAAGCCUCCCUGGACACGGCCCUGGGCACGGUGCCCACAGAGCCCAUGGACAUGGAAGCUCAGCUAGUGGACUGCCAGAACAUGCUGGUGGAAAUCGAGCAGAAGGUCGUGACCUUAUCGGAGCUCUCGGUCCACAAUGAAAACCUGCUGCUGGAGGGCAAGGCGCACACAAAGGAGGAGGCCGAGCAGCUGGCGGUAAAGCUGAGGACCCUGAAGGGGAGCCUCCUGGAGCUGCAGAGAGCCCUGCACGACAAGCAGCUCAACAUGCAGCAGGGGACAAGCCAGGAGAAGGAAGAGAGCAACGGGGAGCUGACGGCCACCCAGAGCCCCGGGGUCCCGGAGUGGCUGACCCAGGCACGGACCACACGCACCCAUCAGAGGCAGAGCAGCCUCCAGCAACAAAAAGAGUUGGAACAGGAGCUGGCAGCUCAGAAGAGCCUGCUUCAGUCCGUCGCCAGCCGGGGAGAAGAAAUCCUCACCCAGCACUCGGCUGCGGAGACCUCCAGCUCUGGCGAAAGAGCUGAUGCGCUAGCCCAGAAGCUGGGCCUGGAAGGGGAGAAGCCAUCAACCGAAGAACAGAUGAGGAUGAGAUGGGAGAGCCUCCGUCAGGAGUUCAGUACCAAGCAGGGACUGCUACAGAGUGUGCUGGAGCAGGAACAAGAGCCCAUGGGUUAUGGCAGGCCAAACCGGCUCCUGACUGGCGUGCCUCCCUACAAAGCAGAAGGGCAGGCCCAGGACAAGUCUGCCGUCACAGCCCUGCUGGAUGGACUGAACCAGGCUUUUGAGGAGGUUUCACCCCAGGGUGGAGGGGCCAAAGGGCAGAACAUUCACUUGGAGCAGAAGCUGUAUGAUGGGGUCUCAGCGACGUCCACGUGGUUGGACGACGUGGAAGAACGCUUAUUUGUGGCCACGGCUCUGUUACCUGAAGAAACAGAAACAUGCCUCAUGCAACAAGAGACCCUUGCCAAAGACAUUAAGGAAAUGUCUGAAGAAAUGGAUAAGAACAAGCACUUGUUUUCCCAAGCAUUUCCUGAGAACGGGGAAAACCGGGGUGUCAUUGAAGACACCCUAGGCUGUCUUCUGGGCAGAUUAUCCUUGCUGGACUCUGUCAUCAACCAGCGAUGCCACCAGAUGAAGGAAAGACUGCAGCAGAUACUCAACUUCCAGAAUGAUCUGAAGGUGCUGUUUACAUCACUGGCUGACAGCAAAUACAUCAUCCUCCAGAAACUGGCCAAUGUGUUUGAGCAGCCCGUUGCAGAGCAAAUAGAGGAAAUACAACGGGCUGAAGAUGGGUUGAAGGAGUUGGAUGCAGGAAUCAUUGAAUUAAAAAGGCGUGGGGACAAGCUACAGAUUGAGCAUCCUUUCAUGCAAGAACUCUCUAAACUCCAGGACAUGUACGAUGAACUGAUGGUGACCAUUGGCUCCCGGCGGAGUGGCCUGAACCAGAACCUUGCACUCAAAAGCCAAUAUGAGAGAGCCUUGCAGGACCUGGCUGAUCUGCUAGAAACUGGACGAGAGAAAAUGGCGGGAGACCAGAAAGUGAUUGUGUCUUCCAAAGAGGAAGUCCAACAGCUGCUUGACAAGCAUAAGGAAUACUUCCAGGGCCUGGAAUCUCACAUGAUCCUGACAGAAACCCUCUUCCGGAAGAUCAUCAGCUUUGCAGGCCUCAGGGACCCGGAAUUCCACACGGAAGUGAUGACUGGGGCGUGCUCGGUCCUGAAACGGGCCCACAAGAGGGGCGUGGAACUGGAGUACAUCCUGGAGACAUGGACCCGGCUGGGAGAAGACCAUCAGGAGCUCAGCAGACAGCUGGAGGUGGUGGAGAACAGCAUCCCCAGCGUGGGUUUGGUGGAAGAGAGCGAAGACCGGCUCAUCGAUCGGAUCACACUCUACCAGCAUUUGAAGUCCAGCCUUAAUGAACACCAGCCCAAGUUGUGUCAGGUCCUAGAUGACGGGAAGCGGCUUCUGCUCUCCGUUAGCUGCUCAGCUCUAGAAAGCCAGCUCACGCACCUGGGAGAAUCCUGGCUGACCAACACCAGCAAAGUGGCCAAGGAGCUGCACAGACUGGAGACGAUAUUGAAACACUGGACCAGAUACCUGAGUGACUCCGCAGCUAUGACCCACUGGCUGCAAUCUGCAAAAGACAGGCUCGAAUUUUGGUCCCAGCAAUCUGUGACAGUCCCGCAAGAACUGGAGAUGGUCCGUGACCAUCUGAAUGCGUUCCUGGAGUUUUCUAAAGACGUGGAGGCCAAGUCUUCCCUGAAAUCAUCUGUGCUGAGCACUGGGAACCAGCUUCUCCGAUUAAAGAAGGUGGACACCGCUGCCCUGCGGUCGGAGCUGUCCCGCAUUGAGAGCCAGUGGACUGAGCUGCUGACAAAUAUUCCUGUUGUACAGGAGAAGCUCCACCAGCUGCAAAUGGAUAAGCUGCCUUCCCGCCAUGCCAUUACUGAAGUCAUGAGUUGGAUUUCCCUAAUGGAAAAUGUCAUUCAAAAGGAUGAAGAGAAUAUAAAACAUGCCAUAGGUUACAAAGUAAUUCAUGAAUACCUUCAGAAAUACAAGGGCUUUAAGAUAGACAUUAACUGCAAACAGUUGACAGUAGACUUUGUGAACCAGUCCGUGCUUCAGAUCAGCAGUCAAGACGUGGAAAGUAAGCGCAGCGAUAAGACUGAUUUUGCGGAGCAACUUGGUGCAAUGAAUAAAAGUUGGCAAAUCCUGCAGAGUCUAGUAACUGAAAAGGUCCAGUUGCUGGAAGGCCUUUUGGAAUCUUGGUCAGAUUAUGACAACAAUGUGCAAAGUUUGAAAACUUGGUUUGAAACUCAGGAGAAACGACUAAACCAACAACAGCAAAUUGGAGAUCAGGCUUCAGUUCAGAAUGCAAUAAAAGACUGUCAGGAUCUGGAAGAUUUGAUUAAAGCAAAGGAAAGAGACGUAGAGGCCGUUGAACAGAAUGGAUUUGCUUUGAUUCAGAACAAGAAAGAAGCAGUGACGGGGGGUGUCAGGUGCACGCUGCGGGAACUUGCCCAGACCUGGGCAGAUCUGGACCACAAGGUUGGUCAGUUAAAGAUGCUGCUGAUGACAGUGUUGGACCAGUGGAAUGAUCACAAAGUGACCUUUGACAAGAUCAACAGCUACCUCAUGGAGGCCAGAUACUCCCUCUCCCGAUUACGCCUGCUGACUGGCUCAUUGGAAGCCGUGAAGGUUCAAGUAGAUAACCUUCAGAGUCUUCAGGAUGAUCUAGAGAAACAAGAGACAAGCUUACAGAAGUUUGGCUCUGUCACCAACCAACUCUUAAAGGAGUGUCACCCACCUGUGACAGAAACACUUAGCAACACGCUGAAGGAGGUCAAUAUGAGAUGGAAUCACCUGCUGGAAGAGAUAGCUGAGCAGCUCCACUCCAGCAAGGCCCUGCUUCAGCUCUGGCAAAGGUACAAGGACUAUUCCCAACAGUGUGCGUCCACUGUUCAGCAGCAGGAGAGUCAAAGCAAUGAGCUGCUGAAGGCCGCCACCAACAAGGACCUCGGGGACGAAGAAGUUGCCGCGUGGAUUCAAGACUGCAACGAGCUCCUCAGAGGACUAGGGACCGUUAAGGAUUCUCUUUUUGUUCUCCAUGAGCUGGGAGAGCAACUCAAGCAACAAGUCAAUGCUUCUGCUGCAUCAGCCAUUCAGUCUGAUCAACUCUCCUUGAGUCAACACUUGGGCACCCUCGAGCAAGCUCUCUGCAAGCAGCAGACAACGCUACAGGCUGGAGUUCUUGAUUACGAAACCUUUGCCAAGAGUUUAGAAGGGUUGGAGGCCUGGACAGUGGAAGCUGAAGAAAUCCUGCAAGGACAGGACCCUAGCCACUCGUCAGACCUCUCAACUAUCCGGGAAAGGAUGGAAGAGCUUAAGGGGCAGAUGUUAAAAUUCAGCAGUAUGGCUCCAGAUUUAGACCACCUGAACGAACUCGGGUACAGGUUACCCCUGAGUGACAAGGAAAUCAAAAGGAUGCAGAACCUGAAUCGCCACUGGUCUCUCAUUUCCUCGCAGACGACAGAAAGAUUCAGUAAGCUGCAGUCAUUUCUGUUACAACAUCAAACUUUCUUGGAAAAAUGCGAAACAUGGAUGGAGUUCUUGGUUCAAACAGAGCAGAAACUAGCCGUGGAGAUUUCAGGCAAUUAUCAACACCUUCUGGAACAGCAGAGGGCUCAUGAGCUGUUUCAAGCAGAGAUGUUCAGCCGUCAGCAGAUUUUGCACUCCAUCAUCCUGGACGGGCAGCGUCUGCUGGAGCAAGGGCAAGUUGAUGACCGGGACGAGUUCAACCUGAAGUUGACGCUGCUCAGUAACCAGUGGCAGGGUGUGAUUCGCAGAGCCCAGCAGCGGCGUGGCAUCAUCGAUAGCCAGAUUCGCCAGUGGCAGCGCUAUCGGGAGAUGGCAGAGAAGCUCCGCAAAUGGCUGGGUGAAGUGUCCUAUUUACCCACGAGUGGUCUCAGAAGCGUCCCUGUCCCCCUGCAACAAGCAAGGGCCCUCUUUGAUGAAGUGCAGUUCAAAGAGAAAGUCUUCCUGCGGCAGCAAGGCAGCUACAUCCUGACGGUGGAGGCCGGCAAGCAGCUCCUGCUCUCGGCGGACAGUGGGGCCGAGGCUGCCCUGCAGGGAGAGCUCCUGGAAACCCAGGAGAAGUGGAAGUCCGCCAGUGUGCGCUUGGAGGAGCAGAAGAGACAGCUGGCCUUCUUGUUGAGAGACUGGGAAAAAUGUGAAAACGGAAUAGCUGAUUCCCUGGAGAAGCUCAGAACUUUCAAAAAGAAGCUUUCUCAGCCUUUCCCAGAGCACCACGAGGAGCUGCAUGCAGAGCAGAUGCGUUGCAAGGAACUAGAGAAUGUGGUUGGGAGCUGGAAAGAAGACUUGUCCCAGCUGACACUGCUGAAGGACACCCUGUCUGCCUACAUCAGCCCCGAAGACAUCUCCAUCCUCAACGAACGCAUAGAGCUUCUGUACCGGCAGUGGGAAGAACUGUGUCACCAGCUCUCUUUAAGACGUCAGCAAGUAAGUGAGAGAUUGAAUGAAUGGGCCAUCUUCAGUGAAAAGAACAAGGAGCUUUGUGAAUGGCUGACGCAAAUGGAAAGCAAAGUUUCUCAAAAUGGAGACAUUCUCAUUGAAGAAAUGAUAGAGAAACUCAAGAAGGAUUAUCAAGAGGAAAUUGCUGUUGCCCAAGAGAACAAAAUACAGCUGCAGCAAAUGGGCGAACGGCUCGCGAAGGCAAGCAAUGAAAGCAAGGCAUCCGAGAUCGAGUACAAGCUGGGGAAGGUCAAUGACCGGUGGCAGCAUCUCCUGGAUCUCAUUGCGGCCAGGGUCAAGAAGCUGAAGGAGACCCUGGUGGCUGUGCAGCAGCUGGACAAGAACAUGAGCAGCCUGAGGAUGUGGCUCGCCCACAUGGAGGCCGAGCUGGCCAAGCCGAUUGUCUACAGUUCCUGUGACUCAGAGGAAAUACAGAGAAAGCUCAGUGAACAGCAGGAGCUGCAGCGAGACAUUGAGAAGCACAGCACGGGUGUCGCCUCGGUCCUCAACCUCUGUGAGGUGCUGCUGCACGACUGUGACGCGUGUGCCACGGACGCCGAAUGCGACUCCAUCCAGCAGGCGACACGAAACCUGGACCGGCGAUGGAGGACCAUCUGCGCCAUGUCGAUGGAAAGGAGGCUCAAGAUUGAAGAGACAUGGCGAUUGUGGCAGAAGUUCCUGGAUGACUAUUCUCGUUUUGAAGAUUGGCUGAAGAUCUCGGAAAGGACAGCUGCCUUCCCCAGCUCUUCUGGGGUGCUCUACACUGUCGCCAAGGAAGAACUCAAGAAAUUCGAGGCCUUCCAGCGACAGGUCCACGAGAGCCUGACACAGCUGGAACUGAUCAACAAGCAGUACCGGCGCCUGGCCCGAGAGAACCGCACGGACUCCACCUGCAGCCUGAAACAGAUGGUCCAUGAUGGCAACCAGCGAUGGGACAGCCUGCAGAAGCGGGUCGCCUCUAUCCUGCGCAGACUCAAGCAUUUCAUUGGUCAGCGUGAGGAGUUUGAGACCGCUCGGGACAACAUUCUGGUCUGGCUCACAGAGAUGGAUUUGCAACUCACAAAUCUCGAGCAUUUUUCCGAAUGUGAUGUGCAAGCAAAAAUAAAACAGCUCAAGGCUUUCCAGCGGGAGAUCUCACUCAACCACAGCAAGAUCGAGCAGAUCAUUGCCCAAGGAGAGCAGCUGAUCGAGAAGAGCGAGCCCUUGGACGCAGCCAUCAUCGAGGAGGAGCUGGACGAGCUCCGUCGCUACUGCCAGGAGGUCUUUGGGCGCGUGGAAAGAUACCAUCAGAAACUGAUUCGCCUGCCUCUACCUGACGAUGAGCAGGACCUCUCUGACCGAGAGCUGGAGCAAGAUGAUUCUGCGGCCCUCUCGGACCUCUACUGGCGAGACCCGUCAGCAGAAGGUGCCCUUUCCCCCCAGCCCGCCUCCAACCCCUCGCUCUCCCUGGCCCAGCCCCUGCGCAGCGAGAGGUCGGGACGUGACACUCCGGCCAGUGUGGACUCCAUCCCCCUGGAGUGGGAUCAUGACUAUGAUCUGAGUCGAGACCUGGAGUCAGCCGUGGCCAGAACCCUGCACUCCGAGGAGGAAGAGGGCCAGGAAGACAAGGACUUCUACCUCCGGGGAGCUGUAGGCCUCUCAGGGGGUCACAGCGGCUUGGAGUCUCAGAUCCGACAACUGGACAAAGCCCUGGAUGACAGUCACUUCCGGAUGCAGCAGACCGAAAAUAUUAUCCGCAGCAAGACUCCCACGGGACCAGAGCUGGAUGCCAGCUAUAAAGGCUACAUGAGACUGCUGGGGGAGUGCAGUGGCAGCAUCGACUCGGUGAGGAGGCUGGGCCACCAACUCAAGGAGGAAGAGGAGAAUUUCCCUGGCUUCGUUAACCUGGACUGCACUGAAACCCAAACAGCCGGUGUGAUCGACCGCUGGGAGCUCCUCCAGGCCCAGGCAAUGAGCAAGGAGCUGAGAAUGAAACAGAACCUCCAGAAAUGGCAGCAGUUCAAUUCAGACUUGAACAACAUCUGGGCCUGGCUGGGCGAGACGGAGGAGGAGCUGGAGCAGCUGCAGCGCCUGGAGCUGAGCACUGACAUCCAGACCAUGGAGCUCCAGAUAAAGAAGUUCAAGGAGCUGCAGAAAGCUCUGGACCACCGCAAGGCCAUCAUCCUCUCCAUCAACCUGUGCAGCCCCGAGUUCACGCAGGCGGACAGCGAGGAGAGCCGCCAUCUGCAGGGCCGCCUGUCCCGGAUGAACGGGCGCUGGGAGCGGGUGUGCUCUUUGCUGGAGGAGUGGCGGGGUCUGCUUCAGGACGCGCUGAUGCAGUGCCAGGACUUCCAUGAGCUGAGCCAUGGCUUGCUCCUGAUGCUGGAGAACAUCGACAGGAGGAAGCACGAACUUCUUCCGAUCGAUGCUGAUCUUGACACCGAGAUGCUUCAGGACCAGCACAAGCAGCUUACGCAAAUACGGCAUGAGCUGUUGGAGUCCCAUGCCAAAGUGGCCUCCCUUCAAGACAUGUCUCGUCAACUGCUGGUGAAUGCGGAGGGGGCAGACUGUCUGGAAGCCAAAGAGAAGGUCCACGUCAUUGGGAACCGACGGAAGCUCCUCUUGAAGGAGGUCAGCCGUCAUAUCAAGGACCUGGAGAAGUUGCUGGACAUGUCGAGCAGCCAGCAGGAUUUGUCGUCGUGGUCGUCUGCUGAUGAACUGGACACCUCGGGGUCUGUGAGUCCUGCCUCAGGAAGGAGCACCCCCAGCCGACAGAGCACGGUCCAUAAACGGUGGCUCCGGUUCCUCCCUUUCUGAGCCUCGGCCAGAGCGGUCCAGCCGAGCCUUCUUCCUCCGG